AUGGAAAAUUAUACUGAAAAUCCAACGCAAGUUCGGUCGGAGUCAGACAGCACAGGCGAUGAGACCGGUGGGAAUGGUGUGCGAGCGCUAAUUGGAUGCAUUUUAUUUCUCCUCAUCGUGUCUACGCUGUUGGGAAACACGCUCGUUUGCGCGGCCGUCAUUAAAUUCAGGCACCUCAGGUCUAAGGUAACAAACUUUUUUGUGAUUUCUCUGGCGGUAUCUGACCUCUUCGUUGCAGUCCUGGUGAUGCCAUGGGAGGCAAUAUCUGAGGUUACGGGCACUUGGUUGUUUGGUAGAUUUUGUGGCAUCUGGAUUGCUUUUGACAUAAUGUGUUCGACUGCAUCUAUUCUUAAUCUGUGUAUCAUAAGCGUGGACAGAUACUGGGCUAUAGCUAGUCCUUUUAAAUAUGAACGGAAAAUGACACACCGAUUGGCAUUCAUCAUGAUUGGAGUUGCAUGGAUGCUAUCAAUUAUCAUAUCCUUUAUACCUGUUCAACUGAACUGGCACAUGGCCGGGGAGGAAACGUCACCAGAAAAUGUUAGCAACCACUCUGAUAACUGCAUAGCAAACUUGAACAAGACCUAUGCUAUUUCCUCAUCACUGAUUAGUUUUUACAUCCCAGUGGUCAUCAUGGUUGCCACUUACACGAAAAUUUACCGUAUUGCGCAAACACAGAUACGGAGGAUAUCCUCAUUGGAGAGAGCCGCGGAGCAAGCGCAAAAUAACCAACACCCGAACGUUUGCGCACACGAAAAUGCAUUGAAAACUGCUUUUAAAAAGGAAACAAAAGUUUUAAAGACACUCUCCAUUAUAAUGGGUGUGUUUGUGUUUUGCUGGCUACCCUUUUUUGUCCUAAACUGCAUGGUACCUUUUUGUGAUCCUCCGUGCGUAAGUGACACCACAUUUACCAUUUUCGUUUGGUUUGGUUGGGCAAACUCUUCUUUAAACCCUGUCAUUUACGCAUUUAACGCGGAUUUCAGGAAAGCAUUUGCAACUAUUCUAGGCUGCAAUAAAAUGUGCUCAAGCAAUACAGUGGAGGCUGUUAAUUUCAGCAAUGAACUGGUGUCCUACCACCACGACACAACGCUCCAAAAAGACGCGCAAGUAUUAAUGGCUGCGCAACAUCCUCCAGCAAUCCAAAACCUUGGUGAGGACACAACAACCCCGCAGUUCGACAAAGUUUCUCUUCUCUCAAACACAUCCCGCAAUCACAAGAACCUGUUGCUGCCAAACGUCUUCCAAAUCCAGUGUGACGGAGACAUUUCCUUGGAUACCAUAACGCCGUUUACUUCAGCCGGAGCGAUUGAGUGCAGCACAAUCCCUGGUCAAAUCCAAAAUUAA